UAUGAUAAUCAAACUCAGCUCAGAUUCAUAACAGUUCUCAUUGUCAUCAUGGGUAACUGGGUAGAGAACGAGGGGCUUUCCAUAUUUGUCAUUCUGGUAUGGCUGGGUUUAAAUGUUUUUCUCUUUUGGUAUUACUACUUAAUAUAUGAUAAAGGGCCGCUGUACUACUAUACAAGAGAACUUCUUGGGCCUUAUUUGGCAUUGGCCCGGGCACCUGCAGCAUGUCUGAAUUUCAACUGCCUAUUAAUUCUGCUUCCUGUCUGUAGAAAUCUGCUUUCCUUUCUCAGAGGCUCAAGUGCAUGUUGCUCAGUGCGUGUCAGAAGACAGUUGGACAGAAACCUCACAUUUCACAAACUGGUAGCCUGGAUGAUUGCACUACAUACUGCAAUCCAUACAAUUGCACAUUUAUUUAACGUUGAAAGAUUAGUGGAUGCACGCACUGAAGAAAAUGGAACCAUUAAGGCUGCAUUGUCUGAUCUGGGUGACCAGUCAGGUGAAACUUACCUGAAUUUUGCCAGAAAAAGAUUUUUGAACCCUAUUGGUGGCCUCUAUGUGGCAUUUACAACUUUGGCUGGGCUCAGUGGCGUUAUCAUUACAUUGUGUUUAAUACUAAUUAUCACAUCAUCUACCAAAACCAUUCGCAGAUCAUACUUUGAAGUAUUCUGGUUUAUUCAUCAUCUCUUUGUUAUUUUUUUUGCUGGUCUUGUCAUCCAUGGAUUUGGAAGAAUUGUACGGAGGCAGACCCCUGAGAGCUUUGGGGUGCAUAAACCAAAAGAUUGUGCCAAAAAUUACACAGUCUGGGGGAAAAUAUCUUCAUGUCCUAAACCACAGUUUGCUGGAAAUCCUCCCAUGACAUGGAAAUGGGUCAUUGGCCCUAUGAUUCUGUAUGUUUGUGAGAGACUGGUGAGAUUUUGGCGCUCACAGCAAAAAGUGGUUAUUACAAAGGUUGUCACACAUCCUUUCCAAACCUUUGAGCUCCAGAUGAAAAAGAAAGGCUUUAAGAUGGAAGUUGGACAGUACAUUUUUGUCAAAUGUCCUGAAGUGUCUGUACUGGAAUGGCAUCCUUUCACACUGACUUCUGCCCCUGAAGAAGAUUAUUUCAGCAUUCACAUACGUGUUGUAGGGGACUGGACAGAAGGUUUGUUUAAAGCUUGUGGCUGUGACAAAGAACAACUCCAAGAAGCUUGGAAACUUCCUAAGAUAGCUGUAGAUGGUCCCUUUGGUACUGCUAGUGAAGAUGUGUUCAGUUAUGAAACCGUGAUGCUUGUUGGAGCUGGCAUAGGAGUUACCCCUUUUGCAUCAAUCCUCAAAUCUGUGUGGUAUAAGUACUGCAAUAAUGCCAUGGACUUAAGACUCAAAAAGAUCUAUUUUUAUUGGCUGUGCCGAGAUACCCAUGCCUUUGAAUGGUUUGCUGAUCUCUUACAAUCAGUGGAGGCUCAAAUGCAAGAAAAGAAUCAGACAGAUUUUCUCAGCUACAACAUCUAUCUUACUGGCUGGGAUGAAUCUCAGGCAACUCAUUUUACAAUGCAUCAUGAUGAAGAGAAAGAUGUGAUUACAGGCUUGAAGCAGAAAACUCAAUAUGGAAGACCAAAUUGGGAAAAUGAGUUCAAAACAAUUGCAGGCCAACAUCCAAAUUCCAGGGUUGGUGUAUUCCUAUGCGGACCUGAAGCCUUGGCUGAAACUCUAAAUAAAAUGUGCAUCAAUAAUUCAGAAGCUGACCCAAGAGGCAUACACUUUAUAUUCAACAAAGAAAAUUUUUGAAAACAUACUUACAAAAUUUAAUUCAGCCAGGGUGAAUUAAUUGAAAUUAAUGAGAAAUUAAUAUUUCAUUGAAAUUUUCUUAAAACUUUCAGGUUUGUUCGAUAUUAUGUACUUUAGAGGAAGAAUAUAAAGUUUUAAACUGAUGCUUUUUUAAUCUCAUGGCAAGUCUUCUUAAAAGGUUUAGGUUAUAUUAGCAUUGUCAAAUAUACAUUGAGUUCAUAUAUUGUAUUAAACCAUAAAGGGAUUUAUAUUGUUUUAUGUUAGUGUGUAAUCCAAAUAUAUUGUGGAAUACAAGUAAGGUUUAUGGCAAACUGGGCAAUCUGCAGACCAUGGACUCUUUCAAUUCCCCCAGCAUGCCAAAAUCUGAUCCAGAGUUAGUUCCUUAUUUAACCACAGAACUCAUUGAGUGAUUUUGAACCAAUCAUUGUCUUCCAACAUCACCAUUCUCAAUAGGUUGCUAUUGGUAAACAAAGGACAGUGUAUACAAGCAGCACUAAAACUAUAGCACAAAUGCUCUAAGACAGGGGUCACCAACCUUUUGGACCUCAGGGACCACAAAAUGCAUAAUUUUAAAUCCCUCAGACCAGAGACCCUGGGAAAAUUCCAAAAAAAGUCUGCAGGAAAAUUGCCUACC